ACAAUUUCCGGUUUAACUGUUAGCGUUAACGCAGCUCAACGGCAACAAUCAAAAGACAAGUCGUAACGGAGCCUAAAGAUUUAUCUUGUCAUUAGCAGCCCACUUGACAGAGGCAGAAGACCAGCAGGUGUGGAGCUGGGAGCUGAACGGGGAUGAGAUGGGGAACAGAUCAGGUAGACCUGUCAGCAGGAGACACAAAGCAGCUUUGAACCAGGACUACAUCCUCCACAUUCACUCAUCGGACGCUGUGGCCGCCAGCGGACUGCUUCUCUCGCCUCUUCCUGCUUCGUGAACAGAACCGUGUGAAGGAAAUCCACCCAACACGGAGCAAACAGCUGGGCUGCAUCCGGAACCCGCGGGAUCCACUGGGACACAGUGGAUCCGCGUCAACUGUCCCCAGUACACGGAGCUCCGCAGCCGCCGCUUUCUCCCGCCAGUCACGACCCUCCUCUGCAUCCGGCAAUGGACGGCGGCGCCUCGGCGUGCAGAUAAACACCGACUCCGAGUGACGUCCGGUCAUGACAGCCCAGCGGUCGACUUGGAUCCUGAAGGUGCAGUGUCAGGAAGAUGAACAUUUUGUUCCAGAUGAGGAGAGAAGGAAGCACUGGGCUGAGCUGUUCUAACAGCUGGACCUCAACAAAGAUGGACGCAUUGAUAUGCUGGAGCUGCAGGCGGGGCUGGCACACAAAGGGCUCUCCAGCGGCUGCCUGCAGAAGAUUGUAGAGACUGGGGACACCAACCAAGACGGAGUCCUGGACUUCGAGGAGUUCGUCGAGUAUCUUCACAACCACGAGAAGCAACUUAAAGUCAUGUUUCACCAUGUGGACAGAAACAAAGACGGUUGGAUUGAUGCGGAAGAGAUUCAGGACUGUCUGCACACCAUCGGUGUGAAUGUUAGCCCUGAAGAUGCCACCAGGAUUCUGCUAAGUAUGGACAAGGAUGGCACCAUGACGAUUAACUGGAGUGAGUGGCGCGACUACUUCCUGUUCAAACACCUGAGCGACAUUGAGGAUGUGGCUCGGUUCUGGAAGCGUUCAAUGAUAUUGGACACAGGCGAGCAGCUGACAGUCCCAGAGGAGUUUUCAGAAGCGGAGAAGAAGUCUGGCUAUAUGUGGCGGCAGCUGAUGGCGGGAGUCAUGGCUGGAUCUGUGUCCCGAACCGGAACCGCUCCACUGGACCGCCUCAAAGUCUUCAGACAAGUACACGGCUCCUCUGAUUUUAGAGGCAGCGCUCUGAGGGGGUUUAAGUACAUGCUGAACGAGGGAGGACCAUGGUCUCUGUGGAGAGGCAACGGAGUCAAUGUCCUGAAAAUCGCUCCUGAGACUGCCAUCAAAUUCUCCGCUUAUGAACAGAUCAAGAGUGUGAUGCGUGGUCAUGAUGAAACAAGAACUCUGAGGAUUCACGAGAGGUUUGUCGCCGGCUCUUUGGCUGGAGCAACAGCUCAGACCGCCAUUUACCCGAUGGAGGUGCUGAAAACGCGGCUCAAUCUCAGAAAAACGGGUCAGUUCAAAGGGAUAGCAGACUGCGCCAAACAGAUCCUGCACCGGGAAGGCGCCGCGGCCUUCUACAAGGGCUACGUCCCCAACAUGCUGAGCAUCGUCCCUUAUGCUGGUAUUGACCUGGCCGUGUAUGAGACGCUCAAACUUGCAUGGCUGAACCGGAACACGAGCUUGUCUGACCCGGGGGUGAUGGUGUUGUUGGGAUGCGGCGCAGUCUCCAGUACAUGCGGGACGCUUGCGAGUUACCCGCUGGCGCUGGUCCGCACACGCAUGCAAGCACAAGCUUCAGUGAAAGGAUCCCCUAAACUUUCAAUGCUGUCCUUGCUCCACAACAUUGUUACACAAGAGGGCAUCACCGGACUUUACAGAGGAAUCUCCCCCAACCUGCUAAAGAUCGUCCCGGCCGUGAGCGUGUCCUACGUCGUCUAUGAGUACAUGAGAAUAAUGCUAGGAAUGGACUUCGAGGGUGGGGUAUAGAGAAGAUUGGCUGUGGGAGGAACCUGCACAGACUCAGGACAGUUACUGAUGGGUCUUAAACAAAUAUUACCUAUACCAAAGCACAAUGACAGCCUGACGGAAAGCAGGCGGUCGGUAACAUUAUCGCAUCUUUGAGUGAAAGGACAGUGGUGAGAAGAAGAAAAGACGCACACAGAACUGCCUUUAUGGACUGAAACCGGACAAAGGGUUAAGGUGACCUCACCUGCCAUAACAUUACAACGGUCUAUGCAGAAAAGUGUGGAUUGGGUGAUACCUUUCAAAGACUUGACAUGGUCCACUGGCACAGCGUGUUUCCUAAAAGGUUCAUUGUAUCUGUUUGUAAAACAAGAAGUUAUAUUUAAUGUUUAAAAAAAUAACAUGCAUGCAGACAAACUGUAUGCACUGUGCUGCUUUUGUGAACAAUUUUCAGAUUGCUUUAAUGUAAAAUUAAAAGAAUUAUAUUAAACCUUUGUACAUUUUUGAUGUCAACUGAAUAAAGAGAAUUAAUAUUGGACCUGUUCCUCCACAGGCUCAGGUCUGUUG